AUGCCACUUGAAAACCGCACCCUGGAGAGCAUGUUGACGUUCCUGCUCGUCCUUUUUGGAGCGUGCUUGGCUCAUGGGGCAAAGACUUCGAUCUACGAGUUGUUGGACUCCCCCUUACUGCAAAACAAAUAUGUUAUGUCGCCGGAGAAUGUCUGGAACGCUUAUCCAGCAGCUAGUGUUGUCGUCUCAACCGAUGGUACUGGCAACUUCACGUCCGUGCAAGACGCAGUGGACUAUGUGUCCUCGACGGGUACGACGUCGCACGCAGUUAUCGAUAUACUACCAGGAACAUAUAGGGAUGCGUUUUCUAUGCCAAAGCCAGGAAGCAUGGCGGAGCAGUGGCAGCGCAGUAUAGGAGGUCGACGACUAAGCGGUCUGGCUUCGUAUUCGUUCGCAGCAUCAUCACAGGGAACGGUCGGGUUUACCUGGGAAGGGCUUGGGGAAAUGCGAGUAGGACAGUAUAUGCUUGGUCAUAUAUCAGUAACAUUGUACAAAACGGAGCCUGGUAUGACUGGGGUGAUGCAUCCAGACACAACACCACCUUCUUUGCCAUG